AUAACUCAGGGACAGGCACGAGAUCCCUUGCCUCCUCGAGACUCUACUCUACUCUGCUCCCUCGUUCGCUGGCUGGCUCACUCACGCACCCACACGCAUCACAGAUCACACGCACGAGCUCGCGCAGUUGGUGCGUCCUCCUCCACCACCUCCCCCUUCCCCUUCCCCUUCACUUCAAAGACACCAACCAGUGGGAGGGGAAUCAAGGAACCCAGGAAUCUAGAGAGAGAAGCAAGGUGCAGACUUGUUCUUCACAAAAGCGAGAGAGUAGGAGGCGGAGGAGAAGCAGGGACCAUUAGUUUCCUGACUGAAUUCUCCUAGUGCGAUCAUCAUGUUUCCGAGAAGAAAGCCAUAAGGCCCUGUAGAAGACCAUUAGUGUUUGCGCAGAGGGAUAGAGAGCAAGAGAGAAGAUGAGCUUUAACAAGAGCCGGGGAGCAGCAGGGGGAUUGGCGGCAGGGGAGGAGCUGCUGUUCAGGGGCACCAUCUCCAGGAAAUGGACCUUCCUGCUCUGCCUCAGCAGCUUCUGCAUAGGCCUCAUCUUCACCAACAGGAUGUGGACCAUGCCAGAACCCAAAGAAAUCAUGCGGAGAUCGGUCCUCCAGGUGGACAAAAUGAAUCUGGCCUCUAGUCAUUGUGCUCCGAAAAGUAUCAGCGAGCGAAAAGAAGUUGCUGGAGAAGUCCCACGAACUGAAGAUGCUAUACUAACAUUGGACAAAACUAUAUCAAACUUAGAAAUGGAGCUAGCCUCAGCGAAGGCGACACAGGAUUCUAUCCUCAACGGCGCACCAUCACCAGAAUCGACGGAGAAACGCAAGUACUUCAUGGUCAUUGGCAUUAACACUGCGUUCAGCAGCCGGAAGCGACGAGAUUCAGUUCGUGCCACAUGGAUGCCUCAAGGGGAGAAAAGACGGAAGAUGGAGGAAGAAAAAGGCAUUAUAAUUCGUUUCAUCAUAGGUCAUAGUGCAACAUCUGGUGGGAUCCUCGAUAAAGCAAUUGACGCAGAAGAUAGAAAACAUGGUGAUUUCUUGAGGCUGGACCAUGUUGAAGGGUACCUGGAACUUGCAGCGAAGAGCAAAUCGUACUUCGCCAAAGCAGUGUCCAUGUGGGAUGCAGAGUACUUUGUUAAGGUGGAUGACGAUGUACAUGUGAAUAUAGCAACUCUUGGAAGCAUAUUGGCUAGACAUCGGUCGAAGCCUCGGGUAUACAUAGGGUGCAUGAAAUCCGGCCCAGUCCUUGCUCAGAAGGGUGUAAGAUACCAUGAGCCUGAGUAUUGGAAAUUUGGCGAAUGGGGAAAUAAGUACUUCCGCCAUGCGACCGGCCAGCUCUAUGCCAUCUCAAAGGAUCUGGCCUCUUACAUAUCAAUCAACCAGCAUGUUCUCCACAAAUAUGCUAACGAGGAUGUAUCAUUGGGAGCCUGGUUCAUCGGAGUAGAUGCCGUACACAUCGAUGAACGCCGGCUGUGUUGCGGCACACCGCCAGAUUGUGAAUGGAAAGCGCAGGCGGGCAAUGUCUGUGCGGCCUCGUUCGACUGGAGCUGCAGCGGCAUCUGCAAGUCCGCGGAUCGGAUCAAGGAGGUCCAUCAGCGAUGUGGUGAGAAUGAGAAUGCUAUCUGGAACGCAACCUUCUAAACUGAAGAAUCUUCAAACUACACGCUAUUGAAAGAAGCGGGCACAUAAUAUCGAUAUUCAAUUCAUGCUUUAGCGGACCAGAUAUUCUAACCAUUAGUUGGAAUAUCAAAAUAUUGGAGAUGGUGGCCGAUUCAGAGCGCAUAUCAAGAGCAUGAGAUGAUUGUACAAUCAAGUGUACAAGCAUGACCGACAGUAGAAGUCUUCUUUUUUCUUCCCUUCCGUUCGCUUUCUUCUUCUUUUAGUAGUUUCAUUAGGAAGUGUAUCAAUGUACGUGGGGGAACUUUUCUGUUUUGGUCCUGGAGAAGAUCCCUGGGAACUUUACCUAUAUAAAUGAAAAGGUAGUGAGGAGGAGAGUGGAAGGAGAGGGAGAGUUUUCCCCCCA